UCUCUUACCAAUGCAGCGCACGUGCUCGAGCAGUUCGCUCAGGCCGGGAGCGCGCGUGGAGGCGGUCCGGGGCUGCCUCAGUUUUCUGUAAUCGCUUUUCUGCUGCUGCUACCUCCAGUUAAAUAGCUAGGACACGGGAGCGAGCUGACGGCCGUGUGAGGAUAUACUUUUUUCGGUACCUUGGGAUUAACGACGCGGAAUUGCAGCAUCGACGGCCAGCCGCCAGGGCCCACGAUGUCCAGUGAAGUGCAAAGACCGGACGACAGCCCCAGCACCAGCGGGGGAAGCUCAGAUAUUGAACAAAGGGAAUCGGUACCACCUGAACAGGAGCGAGAGCAAGCACAGCCCAAAAAGAAGGAGACCAAGAUCUCGAGUAAAACCGCUGCUAAACUUUCAACUAGUGCCAAGAGGAUUCAGAAAGAGCUUGCAGAAAUAACACUAGACCCACCUCCAAACUGCAGCGCUGGCCCCAAAGGAGAUAACAUCUACGAGUGGAGGUCGACCAUCCUGGGACCCCCAGGCUCCGUGUACGAGGGAGGCGUCUUCUUCCUGGACAUCGCCUUCACGCCAGACUACCCAUUCAAACCCCCCAAGGUAACUUUUCGUACGAGGAUCUAUCACUGCAACAUCAACAGUCAGGGGGUGAUCUGUCUGGACAUCCUGAAGGACAACUGGAGCCCCGCCCUCACCAUCUCCAAGGUGCUGCUGUCCAUCUGCUCCCUGCUCACAGACUGUAACCCAGGUAAGAUCAAGGCUCGGUAGUUGAAGCCCCAUCACAAUGACCAAACUGCUGAAACAACAGGCUGAUGACUUGUUGGCUGUCUGAGGUGGAGUGCACAAGUUUACAGUUAGAUUGUGUGUGUUCAGCAUGCUGCAACGAGCAGCUAACAUAAAGGUUUUCUCUCUGUUAUUCUGGCUUGUUUUAUCAAAAUGUAUAGCCUGUUUGCAGCAGGAGAUAGACGGCCAUGUAUCAAGUGGACUCUUAUUUCAUUUAUUGUCUCGAUAUCCGCUCCACUUCUCGCAGUGCGUCACAUCAACAAUAUGUCCGUGAGGAGAGACAGGUGGAGGAAAAUCAAAUCCAAGGGUUCAGGCUGAGGUGCUUUUUCAGAAUGUGACUUGAGUCACAUUACACGCUCUUUAAAAGCUAGCUAAACAGCUUGUCCAUGGUUUUCACAUAACUGGAAUCUGAAACUCUUUUGUCAGCUGCCAAACCUGACGGCAUCUGGACAUUCUGUUCUAUUUUAUAAAUGUUCUUGGCUCGUAAGGGUGAAAUCAAAGAGGGAGUUUUUGAAUUUAGCUUUAGGCCACAGACAAAAAUUAAUAUUGUGCCACAGAUGACACACCUCAUUUGUUCUGACGUCCCAAGUGCUGCUUUAUUACAAGAUUGUGACAGCGAUCUGAUUCUGCUCUAUAAUGUACAAAGAAAACUACUUUCUUAUCCCUAAGUCAUUCUGAAAAAAUAUAUGAAACGAGUAAGUUGAGGUAGUGAAAUCAUUACUAAAAAUGUUAAAACAUUCUGCCCUAACAGGACGUAAUCUUCACUCGUUUUUACUAUGCACCUAAAAUUAUUUCUUCUUUAUAAAUAAAGAGAAAUGGC